CCGAUUUGGAUGUGAACGCCAGUAUGAUAGGUACACUUCCGCUUACGACUUUCUCUAUUUGGCAUCGGCUCCUUCGGUUUUAAACCAUGGGUCGAGUAAUUCGUGCUCAGCGUAAGGGAGCUGGGUCUGUUUUCAGAUCCCAUACAAAAAGGAGGAAGGGAGCACCGAAACUUCGCUCUUUAGACUUCUCCGAGAGGCAUGGAUAUAUCAAGGGUGUUGUUAAAGAUAUCAUUCAUGAUCCUGGUCGUGGUGCUCCCUUAGCUGUCGUUCAUUUCCGUGAUCCUUAUAAAUUCAAGACACGAAAAGAAUUAUUUAUUGCACCAGAAGGAAUGUAUACAGGACAAUUCUUGUAUUGUGGAAAGAAAGCUACCUUGCAAAUAGGUAACGUUAUGCCUGUAGGCACAAUGCCUGAAGGUACAAUUGUAUGUAAUUUGGAAGAGAAAACUGGUGAUAGAGGUCGUCUAGCUAGAGCUUCUGGCAAUUAUGCCACUGUUAUUGCUCAUAAUCCUGACACCAAAAAAACUAGAGUAAAGCUUCCUUCUGGCGCCAAGAAAGUUAUUCCCUCUAACAAUAGAGCAAUGGUGGGUAUCGUUGCCGGUGGUGGCCGUAUCGACAAGCCGAUUUUGAAAGCAGGUCGUGCUUAUCACAAAUAUAAGGUCAAGAGGAAUUGCUGGCCCAAGGUUCGUGGUGUUGCUAUGAAUCCUGUUGAACAUCCUCACGGUGGUGGUAACCAUCAACAUAUAGGUAAAGCUUCUACUGUCAAACGUGGAACCAGUGCUGGUCGUAAGAUUGGUCUUAUUGCUGCUCGUCGUACCGGAAGAAUAAGAGGAGGAAAAACAGAUACCAAGAAGGACGAUUAAAUUAAACAUUCUAUACGUCUUGGCUUAUAUGUUAUACAAUAAAAAACAAAAAGACAGAAAAGAGA